AUGGGAAUAACCCUAGCCAACAAAAAGCAUAAGUCUGAACCUUCAGAGCAGUCAGCAGUGCAGAUACAACACCAUCUUGAAGCUGGAACGUGCCAGCUUUUGACUACGGAAUCUAAGACCGAUGAAGAUCCAGCAAUGGCUAUGGGAGCGUUGAUGGAGGAAAAGAAGAGGCUAGAAGAAGAGGCAUAUCUAAUAAAAAGCAGUGUUGAAACACACAAAAACGAAUUAAGCAAACUUACAGGCGGUGAACAAAGCAAAAAGCACAUGGUUCUUGCCAGCAUUGACUACACCCACUAUGAUGGGCCUCAAAAUGCUUCUGAAGCUACCCUUUCUACCGUGGAUAUUGAUAGGGGCCAAUUUCUUGCAGCUCGGGGGGCUACCGCACUCCGAAAGUUGCAUGUCACAGUGGGGAGCAGCGCUUUUGACGUUAAGAGCCUUUGUGAAUGGAAGUUUAUCGAGGAGUUAUGUGUUUCAAUACGCAACGGCACGGUUGCAAAUGUUCACUACGCUGUCCAGCUCCCCAAGUUAAAAAAGCUUUGGCUGAAAGGGGAAUGCGUCGACAACAAUGAUUCCCGGCAUAUAAGCCACAUGGCGGCUCUUGAGGAGCUAACAAUCUCUAAUUGCGCGAAACUGACAUCCGUUGAAGGAAUUCACCGCCUUCAGAACCUCACCAUGCUGGAUUUGAGCCGCACAUGUGUUGACAAUAGCUUCAUGGUGGAGCUAUCCAUGUGCCCAUCGCUGCUCGCGUUGGAUCUCUCAUUCUGUUAUCGGAUAACCAACGCAAUUCCGCUUUCCAAAAUUGAGACUCUCGAGGAGUUAUGCCUUGAGGACUGCAGAGGAAUAGAAAAAGGCAUUGGGACAUUCGGAUCACUACCACGACUACGUGUUUUGAACAUAAAGGGCCUGCGUCUUACAAAUGCCUGUAUAGGCGGCCUAAGCGGCAGCAAGUCAAUUAUAAGGCUUAAAAUGGAAAAUUUCGUUGAAUCGCGCGGUUCAAGGAAGUUGUUAAACAUUAAAACAUUACGGAAACUGUGCGUUCAUAGCAGCAACCACACGGACUGCGAAAUCAGCGGCUACCUCAAGAACUGCAGAAAGUCCUUUGUUUCGGGCGCUGAGGGUUUGCUGAUUGACGACCGAUCACUCAAGACAAUUUGUGCAUCUCGAUUCCUGGUGUCACUCGACGUUUCACAUUCUCUUGCCCUGACAAAUGUUUCGCCCAUAUGCAUGGCCUUGAAUUUGGAGGAGCUGAAUCUCAAAGGCUGUUGCAACAUACAAAAUGGACUUGACAAGCUUGGAAGUCUCCCCAAGCUAAGCGUUCUCCUACUUUCAGAGACGACUACAAAAGGCGAAGGAAUAAGCACAGUCAGCAACUGCAAGCGUUUGGACACACUAAAGCUUUAUAUGGACAAACAAUAUUACCUUAACACCAAGCGCUGGGAUCGAAUAAAGUUCCCCGCACUGGAACCGGACAACCGCUGUGGAACAGCGCGAAAAGAUGGCAUUAUUGGAACACUUCUGAAUCUUCGAGUAUUGAAACUGAAGAACAUAUGUCUUGGUGGUGGGUAUGUAAGUGCUUUGGCUGCUUCAGACUCGCUCGUAAGUCUUACUCUUAAAAACUGUACGGGCAUCGGUGACGUGACACCUUUAUCAAGCAUUUGGACGCUGGAGAAGCUGAGCCUGUACGGUUGCAGCUCGGUGGAUGUGGGGUUUGGGUCACUGGGAAGACUCCCACGCCUUCGUGCGUUGAACAUCGGCAAAACAUGCGCCAACAACUAUUCGCUUACAAACAUUUGCUCAUCAACAACUCUCGUACAACUUGACAUUAGCUGUUGCGAAGCAAUUACUGACAUCAAGCCCCUCACAAAAGUGAAAACACUCGAAGAAGUUAGCCUUGCCUCGUGUCGUAAUAUCCGCAGCGGACUCUACAACCUUAACAACAUCCCUUGCCUGAGAGUAGCGAUACUUUAUUCCACUGUCAUUACAAACGAAGAAGUUCGUGCUCUUAAAAGAUGUGGGUCCCUCUCUGUGUUGGACCUCGGACGCUGCGAUGCUUUUUCCGACAUCACCUCAAUCGAAGGGUUUACUAACCUUGAAGUUUUAGACCUUUUCGCCUACAGAGGAGGGUCGAUAUGCAUGGCCGCUCUGUGCAAAUUGCGGUGGCUGCGAGUUCUGGAUCUGACGUGCGUCCGUGUCUCAGAUGACCACCUUAAAAAGCUUUGUUCGGGGGCGAAAUUGGAGGAGUUAAGGCUUUGUUCUUGCAAUGAAAUAACUAACAUUGAGCCGGUCGCAAAGAUGAAACCACUAAAAAUAUUACAUCUUGACCAGUGUAAAAACAUUAAAAGGGGUUUUGACAGCCUUCUUGAGCUUCCGUAUCUACACCUUCUAAGCUUACCCGAUAGCAGGAUAAGUUCACGCAUUAUGGAGGCUUUAAAGGCAAAACACAUAUCAAUGGGACCGUGGAAGAUACACCUUGGCUUAAAGCAAUAUUCUGUCCCCUGCUCUCAAUGUUAG